AUGGAGAAGGCCGACGUCCCUUUGAGUACUACGGCGCUGCGCCAAGAGCCAGAGAGUGCUGCCAAAGAAAUAGAAGCCAGCCGUCCUCGUGGCGACAGCGAAAGCAUCACUACCAUCUCGAGUAGCUCCGGAGAGAAGACCGCCCAAACUUCCGACCAACAUGAUGCCGGUGUCAACAUCUCGCGCGCCGAGGCCGACUUCGCAGCCUUGAAUCGCGAAUUCUCUAGGACCAGUCAUCUGAGCCGCACAAAGUCUCGCCAGAGUCGUAAAGGCGCCACCGCCGAUAUUGAAAAGGCCGUUGAUGGGGAAGCCGGUUCUGAAGAGCCAUUCGAUCUGGAGACUGUGCUCAGAGGCAAUCGCGACGAGGAAGAACGAGCAGGUAUCAAGUCAAAGCGCAUUGGUGUGGUCUUUGAAGACCUGACCGUGAGCGGAAUUGGCGGCGUCAAGAAUUACGUCAAGACCUUCCCCGAUGCAUUUGUGUCAUUUUUCAACGUGUUCGGCACGAUCCAAGGCCUUUUCGGGCUCGGCAAGAAGGGGCGCGAGUUCGACAUUCUCAAGGACUUUAGGGGUGUCGUGAAGCCGGGCGAGAUGUGCCUGGUCCUCGGUCGACCUGGAAGCGGUUGCACCACCUUCCUCAAAGUGGCCUCCAACCAGCGUUACGGUUACACCAAGGUCGAUGGCAAAGUUCUGUACGGUCCUUUCGAAAGCGACUUCUUCGAAAAGCGCUACCGUGGUGAAGCCGUCUACUGUGAGGAAGACGAAAACCAUCACCCUACCCUGACCGUUGGGCAGACCCUAGAUUUCGCGCUCGAGACCAAGAUUCCUGGUAAACGACCAGCAGGUGUGUCGCGCAAAGACUUCAAGGAACGAGUCAUAGACCUGAUGCUCAAGAUGUUCAACAUUGAGCACACCCGAAACACCAUCGUCGGCAACCCCUUUGUCCGCGGAGUUUCUGGAGGCGAACGGAAGCGUGUGUCUAUUGCUGAGACGAUGAUCACUGGCGCAUCUGUGAUUUCGUGGGAUAACUCUACUCGUGGCCUGGACGCCUCUACUGCUGUCGAUUAUGCUCGAUCUCUUAGGGUCCUCACCAACAUUUACAAGACCACGACUUUUGUGUCUCUGUACCAAGCAUCUGAAAACAUAUAUAAGGUCUUUGAUAAGGUGCUGGUCAUCGACAGUGGACGACAGGUUUACUUCGGUCCUACGAAAGACGCCCGUGCUUACUUUGAAGGUCUCGGGUUCUUGGAAAAGCCUCGUCAAACAUCACCGGAUUACCUGACUGGAUGCACGGAUCCAUUCGAGCGUGAAUACAAGGAUGGAAGAAGUGAGAAAGAUGUGCCGAGUACACCGGACGCUCUGGCUCAAGCUUACAAGGACUCUCAGAUCGCAGCCAACUGUAACGCCGAGAUCGCCGCAUAUCACACUCAAAUGGCUGAAGAGAAAGAGGUUCACGAUGAGUUCAUGACCGCGGUCCAGGAAAGCAAGCGACAUGCACCGAAGAAAUCCGUUUACUCGAUCCCGUUCUACCUGCAAGUGCAGGCCCUUUUCAAGCGCCAGUUCCUGCUCAAGUGGCAGGAUAAGUUUACUCUUGUCACUUCUUGGGCUACCUCUAUCAUCAUUGCUAUUGUCAUCGGUACUGUCUGGCUGGAUCUUCCCACAACUUCGGACGGCGCUUUCACUCGAGGUGGUGUGCUCUUCAUUGCGCUUUUGUUCAACGCUUUCAACGCCUUUUCCGAACUGCCAGGUGUUAUGUUGGGACGACCAAUUGUCAACAAACAUCGAGCGUUCACCUUCCAUCGUCCAUCCGCUUUGUGGGUAGCUCAGAUCGGUGUUGAUCUGCUGUUCUCAUCCGCCCAGAUCCUAAUCUUCAGUAUAAUCGUCUACUUCAUGACCGGACUCGUACGCGAUGCUGGCGCUUUCUUCAUCUUCGUUCUCAUGAUCAUUACCGGAUACCUGGCUAUGACCUUGUUCUUCCGAACCGUCGGUUGCUUGUGUCCUGAUUUUGACGUCGCUAUCCGUCUGGCUGCUACAAUCAUCACGUUAUUCAUACUGACGUCUGGCUACAUCAUCCAGUACCAGUCUGAGCAGGUAUGGCUAAGGUGGAUCUUCUAUAUCAACGCGCUCGGUCUCGCCUUCUCGGCGCUUAUGAUGAAUGAAUUUGGGCGCCUCGAUCUGACCUGUGCCGGUACCUCUUUGGUCCCUAACGGUCCUGGUUAUGGCGAUAUCAACUCUCAGGUAUGCACAUUGUCCGGUAGUCAAGCCGGCUCCACCUUUGUGUCCGGCUCUGAUUACAUCCGUAUUGGAUUCUCCUACCUGACGAGCGAUCUCUGGCGGAACUGGGGUAUCAGUGUUGUUCUUAUUGUUGCAUUCCUGACAGCCAACGUGUUCCUCGGAGAAUACGUCAAGUGGGGUGCGGGAGGCCGAACGGUGACUUUCUUCCUUAAGGAAGACAAGGAGCUCAAGGAGCUGAAUGAGAAGCUUCACGUGAAGCGCGACAAACGAAACCGCAAAGAGGAAGACACUGAUGCAAGCUCCGGCUUGAAGAUCACCUCUAAGGCUGUGCUUACCUGGGAGGAUCUCUGCUACGAUGUCCCGGUUCCAUCUGGACAAUUGCGUCUGCUGAAUAAUAUCUAUGGAUUCGUCAAGCCAGGGCAGCUCACGGCGCUCAUGGGUGCCUCCGGAGCUGGUAAGACAACACUUUUGGAUGUGCUCGCAGCCCGGAAGAAUAUUGGUGUCAUUGGGGGCGACAAGCUUGUUGAUGGCAAAUCGCCUGGCAUUGCCUUCCAGAGAGGCACUGCGUAUGCAGAGCAACUCGAUGUCCAUGAACCUGCCCAGACUGUUCGCGAGGCUCUUCGCUUCUCUGCUGAUCUACGCCAACCCUUUGAGACUCCUCAGGAAGAAAAGUAUGCAUAUGUCGAGGAGGUCAUCUCUCUUUUGGAGAUGGAAGAUAUGGCAGACGCUAUCAUUGGAGAUCCGGAGACAGGUCUUGCCGUCGAACAGCGUAAACGUGUGACAAUCGGAGUCGAACUGGCUGCCAAGCCCGAGCUCCUCCUGUUCUUGGACGAGCCCACUUCAGGUCUAGAUUCCCAGAGUGCCUUCAACAUCGUUCGAUUCCUGCGAAAGCUAGCUGCAGCAGGGCAGGCAAUCUUGUGUACGAUUCACCAGCCGAAUUCGGCUCUCUUCGAAAACUUCGACCGGCUUUUGUUGCUUCAACGCGGAGGCCAAUGUGUCUACUUUGGAGAUAUUGGCAAGGACGCCCACGCACUUCUCGACUACUUUCAUCGCCAUGGUGCAGACUGUCCGCCGGAUGCUAAUCCUGCUGAGUGGAUGCUUGACGCUAUAGGCGCUGGCUCGACGCCCCGUAUUGGCAAGCACGACUGGGCGGAUGUAUGGCGAGAUUCAGCCGAAUUUGCCCAGACCAAGGAAGAAAUUGUCCGCAUGAAGAGGACUCGUAUCGCUGAGGUUGGUGCUGCUGAGCCUGUGGAACAGAAGGAGUAUGCCACCCCACUGUGGCACCAGAUUAAGAAAGUCAACAAGCGCCAGAAUCUGGCUUUCUGGAGGACUCCGAACUACGGCUUUACACGUCUCUUCAACCAUGUCAUCAUCGCGUUGUUGACCGGAUUGAUGUACCUCCAGCUCGAUGAUUCCCGUUCCUCGCUCCAAUACAGGGUCUUCGUAAUAUUCCAAGUCACCGUGCUGCCCGCCCUCAUCCUUGCUCAAGUCGAACCGAAGUACGCCGUCGCCCGUAUGAUUUCCUACCGCGAACAGAUGGCCAAGGCUUAUAAGACGUUCCCGUUUGCGCUCUCCAUGAUCAUCGCCGAGAUGCCUUACAACGUUCUGUGCGCUGUCUGCUUCUUCUUACCGAUCUACUAUAUUCCUGGGCUGAAUCCGGCUUCAUCUCGCGCCGGAUACCAAUUCCUUAUGAUCCUUAUCACAGAAAUCUUCUCUGUUACUCUAGCGCAGGCCCUCGCUGCGCUCACCCCAACUCCCUUCAUCUCCUCGCUCAUCAACCCGUUCGUUAUCGUCAUCUUCGCCCUCUUCUGUGGUGUCACUAUUCCAAAGCCACAGAUCCCUGGUUUCUGGCGAGCCUGGCUCUACCAGCUCAACCCGAUGACUCGUCUCGUUGGCGGCAUGAUUGUUACGGAGCUCCAUGACCGGAAGGUAGAAUGCACACCGGUCGAGUUGAAUACCUUCAACGCGCCUAAAGGACAAAAUUGUGGAGACUAUAUGAGCGACUACUUCAACAACGGCGGUCCGGGCUAUAUUGUCGAUAACGCUACCGAUUUUUGCCAGUACUGUGCCUACAAGGUUGGCGACCAGUUCUUCGAGCCCCUUGGUCUCUCGUUCAACAACCGCUGGCGCGAUCUUGGUAUCAUGGCGGCUUUCAUUGGCUCUAGUCUCUUCAUCCUGUUCAUGGCAGCUCGUUAUCUCAACUUCAACCGCCGGUGA